AUGGAGGACUUCUUGCGCCACAAACCGGCGGAGUUCAAUGGCAAGGUCUCUCCGGAUGAAGCGGAUGCUUGGCUCCGCAAGUGUGAGAAUAUUUUUAAAGUGAUGAAUUGCCCUGAUGAGCAGAAGCUACUCUUUGCCACUUAUCUGCUGAAUGAUGAUGCAGAGUAUUGGUGGAUGGGAAUGCAACAACAGAUGCAGACCCGAGAUGAACAGGUGGAUUGGACUAGCUUCAGGGCGCGGUUCCUGGAGAAAUAUUUCCCCGAUACCGCUAGACAAGACAGGGAGGCAGAGUUCCUCACACUACAGCAGGGGGAUAUGACAAUGCAAGAGUACGUGAACCAAUUUGAGCAUUUGGCGAGAUUCUCUUCACAGAAUAUGACAAAAGAGUGGAGGUGUUUGAAGUUUGAGCGAGGACUCAAACAUGAGCUUAAGAAGGUGGUGACUCCUUUACGAGAGAGGAGAUUUCCUGUCUUGGGGGAACAGGCCAAGAGUGUCGUGUAUUUGGAGAAGAGUCCUGGCCCACUGACCAGUGGAGUAGGGGGAUCCGGUGAUCGUCACAAGUGCUUCAUCUGCAACAAACCGGGCCAUUUUGCUAAGAACUACCUUGAGAAGAAGAGCCCUGGUGCGAAGAAACCAGCAGUAGCCUCGCCAGCAGAACGAGCACGAGCAACUGGGAGAGUUUUUGCCAUGACAUCUACUGAGGCGACUCAGUCAGGUAAUCUUAUACUUGAGCCUUGUUUACUUAUGGGGCAGGAGGUAUUAGUUUUAUUUGAUUCUGGCGCAACUCAUUCCUUUAUCUUUAAUGCUUGUGUGGGACGAUUGAGUCUGGUGACACGUGACUUGGGGUGUGAGUUGCUUGUUUCAACUCCUUCCUCGGGCCAGGUAGCUACCAGUUCAGUCUGUGUUGGGUGUUCAAUGGUGGUGGCAGGUCACAGAUACAAGGUGAAGUUGGUGUGCUUGCCCUUGGAGGGAUUGGAUGUGAUAUUGGGAAUGGAUUGGUUUUCUAUCAAUCACAUCAUAAUUGAUUGUGGACGGCGCAGUUUGGUAUUCCCAGAACAUGAAAGGUUGGAAUUGAUAUCAUCUCGGGAAGCUGCGAAAGCAUUAUAA